UUGUUUCAUCGGUGAUUUGAAAUCGUCGCUCUACUGGCUUCCCUGGCGUAGUGUUCAGGAAACUAAAUCGAACGAGGAUCACAGCGCAGGCGGAGGCGAGAAGAAGCGUUCAGAGGCAGAGAUGUUCCGCAAUCAGUACGACAACGACGUGACAGUAUGGAGCCCACAGGGCCGUAUUCAUCAGAUCGAGUAUGCCAUGGAGGCGGUGAAGCAAGGCUCGGCAACUGUAGGACUUAAAUCCAAAAGUCAUGCAGUCCUGGUUGCACUAAAGAGAGCCCAGUCUGAACUGGCUGCCCACCAGAAGAAGAUCCUUCAUGUCGACAACCACGUCGGCAUCUCCAUUGCUGGACUGACUGCUGAUGCCAGGCUGCUGUGCAACUUCAUGCGCCAGGAGUGCUUGGACUCGAGGUUUGUGUUCGACAGGCCCCUUCCCACAUCGCGUCUUGUGUCUCUCGUUGGCAGCAAAACCCAAAUCCCAACACAGAGGUAUGGACGGAGACCCUACGGCGUUGGGCUCCUCAUUGCUGGCUAUGAUGAUAUGGGACCUCACAUCUUCCAGACCUGCCCGUCUGCAAACUACUUUGACUGCAAAGCCAUGUCCAUCGGAGCGCGCUCCCAGUCUGCCCGCACCUACCUAGAGAGGUGCAUGGACAAGUUCUCAGACUGUAAUCUGAAUGAACUGGUCCAGCAUGGCCUGCGUGCUCUCAGAGAAACCCUCCCUGCCGAGCAGGACCUCACCACCAAGAAUGUUUCCAUCGGCAUUGUGGGAAAGGAAAUGGAGUUCACCAUUUAUGACGACGAUGACGUCGCCCCAUUCCUGGAGGGCUUGGAGGAGAGGCCACAGAGAAAGGUUGCGCAGCCUGCAGAAGAACCUGCUGCCGGAGAGGGACCCGACGAGCCAAUGGAGCACUGAGGCAGUGAGCUGAUCGGUGAUCCGCCUCCCCUAGAUCCAACCUGACACUUACUGCAACAGAGAAACUGUUAGAGGGGAAAGUUGAUGUGACGUGCCACUCGCUAUACUGUUAACCCAAAACAUUCUCCGCUAACAUCAACCCAUGUGAUGUUGCUUUUGUAUGAGUAAAAUGUACCAUUAUACAAGUAAUAAAGUCUGUUUUUUGAAUUGUG